AUGAAGUACACUAGCGCCAUCCUCAUCUCUGCCUUCGCGGCCACCAACGUCUUCGCCCACGGUGUUGUUACCGAGGUCCAGGGUGCCAACGGUGUCACCCUUCCCGGUCUGACCGCCAUCGACGGUACCCCCCGUGACUGCCCCAACCCUGGCUGCGGCUCCGAGGCCGACACUGCCAUCAUCCGCGACCGUGAGCUCGGCACCAGCCGCGCCUCGGCUCUGGGCCGCACCCAGGGUGGUGGUCCCGUCGACGCUGCCAAGAUGAUUGCCCUGUUCAUGGACGGUGCCUCGGUCAACAAGUCUGAUGUCGUUGCUGCCCGCGAGCGCCACGCCGCCAACCUGGCUCGCCGCGCCACUCUCCUUCCCCGCGCCGGCGGUGGCACCAGCACCCCCAAGGGUACCGAGGAGACUGGUGUCAAGGCCGCCACAGGUAUUGCUGCCACCAAGGGUCUCCCGACCACCAACGAUGAUGGCACCAUCAACAUCGUCUUCCACCAGGUCAACCAGGACGGCGCUGGCCCCCUGACCGCCGACAUCGACGCCACCUCGGGUGGCCAGGACGCCUCGGCUUUCCAGAAGGCCAAGAUCACCACCAACGUCCCAGGCCUCGGCAUUGCUGGUCUCUCUGCUGCCCAGACCAUGGACUUCCCCGUGGCCGUUCAGAUGCCCGCCGGAACUACCUGCUCGGGAUCGGUUGGAGGCGCCACCAACGUCUGCAUCGCUCGUCUCCGCAACGCUGCCGUCACCGGCCCCUUUGGCGGUUCCGUUGCCUUCACCCAGUCUCCCGCCGCCCGCAAGCGCGCCAUCGAGUACAACCUGGCCAAGCGCCGCUUCGCUCGCUCCCUCGCCACCGACGAGGAGGAUGACGAGUAG